AUGCUUCAAGAGAAGCCACCGUGGUUGCCGAUCUUGAAAAGUCAUGAGCGUGAUUUUUUGGAAGCGGCUUAUAAAUACCCUGCUUUGCGUUUGAAAGAGUCUCUACUUAUUAAAGAGCAUGCUCAUGCUGCAAUUGAUGUAUCAGAUGGUUUGCUUGCAGAUCUUCAGCACAUUUUUAUAGCAAGUAACCUGCAAGCGCAUUUGCGUCUUGAGAAGAUUCCAUUUUCAGAUCCUGUCUUAAAGAUUAUUGAGUGGGUGCAGGAAAAUAAAGGGGAAGAUAUUCGCCCUUCAUUAGUAACGAGUGGGGACGAUUACGAACUUUUAUUUACACUUUCCCCGGAUGCAACAGAAGAGGUGGAACACCUUUUUAAAAAGUCUCAUUUUUCCCUUGGUCAUAUCGGCUAUUUAGCAGAUCCUAUUUAUAAUAAGGAUAUAGGAAAAAUAAAUGUCCUUGAUGAGGAAGGGAAAAUUUUAUCUUUCAGCUCCCUAGGCCUGACAAUAGAAGCACAAACGCCUGAAGAAGCGAUUCAG